AUGGCUAAAUCAUUACCUGUGGUAGCCCAGGAAGAUUUGGAUAGCUUUACCUUGACCAGGACAGGCUCAGGCUUUGCACUCAAAGCUUUUCAUAUUUCUUGGAACACUCACAUCUCUGUGAAGCUACUGACCAGCCAGGACACUACAGAGAGGGAGUGGAAGUUGCUACUUCAGGAUAUAGCAAGUGUCAGAUGCUAUGAGUCUGAACAUCUUCUGCCUCCUCUUGGGAUUUACCAAUACCAUGGACUUGUGGGGAUAGUGUCUGAAUGGAUGAACAAUGGAUCCCUCCAUUCACUCAUCCAUGAGCACCAACUGUACCCAGAACUUCCAUUACCCUUACUCAUAAGGAUCCUGUCGGAUGUGGCUGAAGGGCUGCAUCACCUUCACAAUCUUGGACCUGGUUUCUGCCACUGCAGCCUGAAACCUUCCAAUGUGCUUUUGGAUACACAGUACAGAGCCAAGAUAUCAGAUUAUGGUCUAAUCAACUGGAGGAAACAGCAACUGAGGUCAGACCUGCAGAACUGCAAUCAGAGAACCUGCCAGGAUUUAGUGUACUUCCCUCCUGAAAUCCUUGGAGGUGGCCUUCCUUCCCAGGAAGGUGAUAUUUACAGUUUUGGAAUACUCUGCUGGGAGAGCCUAAGCAGACGAAAACCUUUUGAAGGUCAAGCAACCCCCCUGGAAGUUCUGACAGGAAUCUGCAGUAGUUUACGGCCUGGCAUUUCAGAGAAGUUUAUACCAAGCAAUUUGCCUGAGAGGAAUAGACUGUUGCACCUUAUUGCUCUGUGCUGGCAUCAAGAACCAGAUUGUAGACCACGUACUGCCGAAUGUGUAGACCUUCUAAAUGGAAUUUUGGCCAGUAUUAAUAAGGAGGCAAUUUCCACUGCAAUCUACAAUCUGAUGGAUACAAAGGAGACAGCACUUAAUGCAUGCAAAGGUUCAGAAAUAUACACAUUGCAGACAGGCAUAUGCAAUUCAGAGGUCAUCUGUCCACAUAAAACCCCCCACUUAAUCAGCAAGAAAAUUCCUUUUCUAGUGCCAAGCUUGUCAACUAUUCUACUUGGUAGAAAUGCAAACAAUGCAAGAAGAGAAAAUAUUCUCGAGACGGGUCUGUUGAACACUAUCCCACAGAAUGCAACAACCAAGAAAGAUCACCCAGGCUCUGACAGUAGAAAACCAAAUUCCUUUUGCACAAUUCCCUUAUCUGGUUCAACUGCAAUCAAAGAAAGCAGUGAGCAUAAAGACCCAGCAUUGGCUCUGAAGCACACAGCACAACCUGUGCAUCUUGAACAAGCAGUGACAGAUCCUCGCCGCAAAGGAAACUGCUGUCAAAUACUAGCCUGCCAGAGACAGACCAUACUGAACUGCAUGACAGAAGGACGCCUCAACCACAUCCUUGAUGUCCUUCGCUCACAGCAAAUGUUGUCCCGAAUGGAUUAUGAAACAAUUACUUCUUACCCCACAGUGACUGGCCGUGCUCGGGCAUUGUUGGACACUUGCCUUUGUCUUGGAGAGAGGGCAGCCCAGGUGGUAGUGACUGUACUUUCAGUAACCAAAUGUAGUCCUCUGGGACAAGGCAGCCAUUGCCCAGACUGUCCUGCUAAGGGGAAAAGGCUCAUGUUGUGA